GCGCAUGGCGACCAGCUUUUGGAUGAACCUGGAAUUGGAAACGCUGGACUAAACUCCGUUAUCUUUGAUAGUGUAGGAACAAAAUCUGAUAAUUUAUCGAGGCUAAAUCGGUCUGCGUUAAGAUCAAAGGCUUUUUGGGGUAUUUUUUUCCUUCAAGCACGACGAAGUUUAAAAUGCCAUUGGUAAGUGGAAACCACUCCUCUGUCAAACGCUCCCAGGGUAACCACGCUGUUCUUACACCUUUAGAAGAUAUGUCAGGAGGUCGAGGUCAAGGUGGCGGAGGCCCACCACAAAAUUGUCUAAAAGUUUUCAUUCAACGAGACUACAGCGAAGGUACUAUGGUGAAAUUCCAGACACGAUUUCCCUCGGAACUUGAAGAUAGACUGGACAGACAAUCGUUUGAGUACACGAUUAACCAAUUGAAUAAUUAUUUCGCGGAAGCAGAACGUGCGAGCUGUUCUACGUACUGCGAGGGUUGUCUUGCUUGUCUGACAGGUUACCUAAUCUAUAUCUGUACAGAGACUCACUAUGAAAAAUGUUUGCGUAAAGUAGCAAAAUUUGUCAGCGAACAAAACGACAGGGUCUACAGGCCACGAGGUUUGUUAUUAACUGACCCAACAACACGAGGAUUGAGGUUAAUAGAGAUUUCUGUAUUGGACAGACCUGCGUCGUGACUGCAUGCUAGUCGAUCCACCGAGUUCUUCAUGUGAUAUGCCAACUUUCACUAUUUUCUACUUUGGUAGAGUCGUGUGGUCAUCUUAACUAAACAUAAGAUGCUAUCAAAUCCUAGCUAAUUAAAAGUAGCAUUUAUUCCUAUCACUACUAAUCGACGAAUCCCGUAUAAGUACAUAUCGAAAUUCAAUACAAUCGCUUAGUUCAUUACCAAAACGAAAAAAAUUCUGACCACAAGAUACCGAAGCAGUAGCAAAAUUCGCUUUUACAAUCAUCACUCCAUUUCUAUAACAUACUUUCGUCGGUUACUAAUUUCUGGCAUAAAUGUUGUUUACGAAACGCCCUUUUGCUGUUUAGGACAGACAUGAGAAAAACAACUUCGUAAUCGUCUUUUAUAAAAAUUCAUUUUACAAUACAAGAAAGAUCCGACUACAGAAGCAUUGAAUAGGUUAAUAGGUAAUUAGUUGAAUGAAUAAUCUUCCAUGCCUGUAUCAGACAAAGGCUUUGUUAUGUUCUGUAAAUAAUAGCCCAAUCGCCACGUACGGAUUUUCAAUUCUUGUGAAUGAGCAUUGACGAAAAUGUAUUGUCAAGAGAUUUACGCAGCUAUAUUAUCCGAUGGAUAAAAACGGUUUUUCUCGUAGCUUCAACUUGCGUUUAUUAAUUGGGCUACUUUGCAUUCUAUGGGGAUGCUAGACUUCUAUAUAUAUGAAAUAUAUUUACGUAUAUCUUGUUUGAACGUCAAUUGUAUCUCGCUCGAUUGUACAAAAAUGAUUGAUGUAAUGAAUUUGUAUAUAUAAACGAUGAUGAUGACGAUGACGAUGACGAUGACGAUGACGAUAACGAGGAUACGAUGAUAAUGAUGAUAACAGUAAUAAUAAUAAUAAUAAUAACAACAAUAACAACAAACAACAACAACAACAACAACAAUAAUAAUAAUAAUAAUAAUAAUAAUAACAAUAAUCUUUGGGAAUAAGCGUAUAGGUCGAUAAUUGUACAGACAAGACACCAGAAUUCCUAUGGAAUAUAGAAAAAACAGGAACAAACAAACAAAUAAAAGUAAUAUGGCGUUCUGAAUCGCAUCUAGUUUAAUAUUAAAUUAAGCUUAAAUUAUAAUACACGUUAAGGUAUAAAUAACCAAUAUAUACGUUUUACGACAAUGAAUGUGUGAACAAACAAAAAAUACCUACAAAAGUUGAUAGUAGUGGAAGACAAACGGUGGAGUACAUCUAAUAGAAGUGGAAUCAUUUUAUUUAUUCUCCAAAAUAUUUAAUUGCCAAAUGCAUUUAUUCUAUUUUGUAUCUCAUCUUUUUUUCUUGGUGCAAAGAGCAGUAGUAGAAAGAGAAAAAAAUUCAAAUCCAGUAGCUAACUUAGCUUACAGUUAGCCCCUUGCAUCCCAGAGAUUUGAAGAGCGCCGUUCAUGUAGCCGUAAAUAAGUAUACCUAUAUGUAUUGAUCAACCUAAAAUAACCUAAUAAUUUUAUACUGCAAACGUUUUAAAACUUUACAUACAUUUAUUUUACAUCUAGGUAGUUAUUCUUUCUUCCAUUAUAACUAUAAUUGUACUUCCAUUCUCAUUGCUUCACAAAACAAUCUUUAUUCAGAUCUUUGAGGAAAGAGUCAUUGUUUUUUUUGUUUUUUUUUUAAAUGUGAAUAAAAUGAACUAGCUACUUUGUUUAUUAAUAUCCUGCAACCAUUUGGUGUUGAAAAUUGAUUGAUAAAAAAAAUAGUUUCGGCGCGGAGAACUUGUGGUUUAGUUAUGAGCAAGAAAAGUUGCAAAAAUGAUAAGAGAAAAGAAAUAAGCUUAUAGAUAUUUCCAUAUUUUGUAAUCGCUAAGUUAUCUGAACAUAUAGUAUGUAAUAUUUAUAGAUAGUUAUACAUUGAUAAUUGAAAACUAUUAAUUAAUCGAAUGAUGGAUAAUUUAGAAGUAUAGGACCAAUUAACCGAGGACUAAUUAUUAAUAUUGUUAUUAUCGGUAUAGUUUAAUUUAUGUUAUGAGUAAUUUUCGAAUAACUCAAGCAAGAAAUUUCUCAUGGUUAAUCCGUUUUUAUUUUUUGAAGGAGACGGAUUUUACGGUUCACGCAGACCUUUGAAUGCAGAAACUGGUUGAAAUCCGGAAGUCUUAGUAACUGAACAAUUCUUUCUUAUACUUUUACACUGGUCCUGAAAGCACAUGACUGUUUCGUGCAGUAAAAAUCAAAGUAGCCUGCAUUAUUAAAUUAAAGUGUAUUGGUCAAAAUAUUGUUGUUAACUGGUAACUGUGUAAACAAAAUGCUCGAAGAAACUACUAGAAAGUA